AUGGAAGUUAUAACAGAAAAACCAAAAGUACAAUUUAACUUUUAUGAUGAACAGAACAAUAGCUAUAAUAAUAGUACUGACUAUCCAGAAUUCUCUAAGGAUAGUAAUAUAGAUUAUCAGCCUUAUGUUUAUACAAAUAGAAAAUUUCCUUUAGAUAAAAAUAGUGAACAAAGAAGAAAAGAAUCUCCUAGUAGAAAACCAGGUUUAUGUGUCGAUGAAAUAUGUACAUGUGGAUUUCAUAGAUGCCCUCGAAUUAUAAAAUCGAUACCUUUUGAAGGAGAAAGUAAUUAUCGAAGCGAAUUUGGACCCAAAGCUUUGCCUGAAUUGCCCCCUCAAAUUUAUAUGAAACCACCAAAAUCAUUGCCUUUUGAGGGAGAGACUAAUUACAGAAGCGAAUUUGGUCCCAAGCCUUUACCUGAAUUGCCACCUCAGAUUUAUAUGAAACCACCAAAAUCAUUGCCUUUUGAGGGAGAGACUAAUUACAGAAGUGAAUUUGGGCCCAAGCCUUUGCCUGAAUUGCCACCUCAGAUUUAUAUGAAACCACCAAAACAAUUGCCUUUUGAAGGAGAAAGCAAUUAUAGAAGCGAUUAUGGACCUAAACCUUUACCAGAAUUACCCCCUAGAAUUGAGAUGAAACUUCCAAAAUCGUUACCCUUCGAAGGUGAGAGUAAUUAUCGAAGCGAAUUCGGGCCCAAACCUUUGCCUGAAUUACCACCGAAAAUAUAUAUGCAGCCCCCAAAACCAUUACCCUUUGAGGGUGAAAGUAAUUACAGGAGUGAGUUUGGUCCUAAACCAUUACCUGAAUUACCACCAAGACAUGAAACUAAAUUAGUUAAACAGUUGCCAUUUGAAGGAGAAAGUAGUUAUAGAACAGAAUAUAUACGAAAGGUUCUUCCUGUUUGUCCAGUGGAUUUAUUACCUAAAUAUCCUACACCUACAUAUCCAUCUCAACAUGUAUUUUGGGAUAGAGAAACAAAAAAGUGGUACUAA